AUGUUUUUAACUAGAAGUGAAUAUGAUCGUGGCGUUUCCACCUUCUCUCCUGAAGGUCGGUUAUUUCAAGUCGAAUAUUCUCUAGAGGCCAUCAAGCUGGGAUCAACGGCCAUUGGUAUAUCCACCAGUGAAGGUGUGAUAUUAGGUGUGGAAAAAAGAGUCUCCUCAUGUCUCUUAGAGAGUGACAGUAUUGAAAAGAUUAUGGAAGUUGAAAAACAUAUAGGUUGUGCAAUGUCCGGGUUAACUGCAGAUGCUAGAACCUUGAUUGACCACGCCAGAGUCGCUGCUGUUCAACACAAUUUGUAUUAUGAUGAGCCAAUAUCGGUGGAAUCUUUGACCCAGUCUGUUGGCGACUUGGCAUUGAGAUUUGGAGAAGGAGCAAGUGGCGAAAAGAGAUUAAUGUCCAGACCGUUUGGUGUGGCCUUAUUGAUUGCUGGCUAUGAUGACGACAAGGGGCCUCAGUUAUACCACGCCGAACCGUCCGGUACUUUCUACCGAUAUGAUGCAAAGGCUAUUGGAUCGGGCUCCGAGGGUGCACAGGCAGAGCUGCAGAAUGAAUACCAUAAAUCUCUAACUUUAAAGGAAGCUGAGGUGUUAACUCUGAAGAUACUUAAGCAGGUGAUGGAAGAAAAAUUGGAUUCCAAGAACACGCAGCUAGCCAGUGUCACCAAGGAUAAAGGAUUUAGAAUAUAUUCGGACGAUGAAGUGGCGCAAAUCAUAGAAGUGGUGAAGCAACAGGAAAAGGAAGGUGAAGAAGACCAACAAAUGCAAGAGUGA